AUGGCAAAGGAAAGUGGCAAUAACAUGGUCCCGGUGUUGUGGCUGAAUCGCAUGGUUUCAGAACCUUAUUACCUCUUCCAUUUCUUAACUUUCUUCUCCUAUUUCAUCAUUCGCAGCUCCGCUUCCCAAGUCCUAGCACCUCAUCUCACCCCACAUCUCCUUCGUCGCGAAAUACAAUCGUUGCUAGUGUUUGCGUUAUUGGCUUUCAUCAAGGGAGUGAAAGAAGAAACAUGGGAAGCCUUUAUAGCCGAUGCACUUUUCCUUGCCAAGAUUUGUCUUUUUGUCCUAGCCUUUACAAUGGAUCGCCGUUUAGCCGUAUGGUAUAUUCUUGUAUUUUUAGUGAUACAUAUAUUAACACAACAACCUCUAUUCCAAGGAUUAGGUACGUCCAGCAAGCUAACACCAUUGCAGUUGGAAAGCCUGUUGACAGAUGGGACUACUACAAGAUUGUGGCUGGUGGAAUUUCGUGCUUCAUAUUCACCUGCUUGUAUUCGCUCAAGCCAGCAGUUUCCUGAGCUCUCAAUUACAUAUUCAAGCAAAAAUUUAUCGUUUGGAAUAGUUGACCUUGGUCUCUUUCCCAAUGCUGCUGAAAAAUUUGGCAUAUCUCUAAGUGGAAGCAUGGGCCAGCUUCCUACAUAUAUCUUAUUUGAGAAUGCAGCUGAAGUUGCUCGCUUUCCAGAGUUGGAUUUUGAAGCAACAUAUUUUCACCCUACAAUUACAAAGGGGCUUCUUGCUCGACAUUUUGAGCUUGAUCGGCACCUUCUGGAAUAUGUUAAUGGUAAAUAG